CACACAUGGCGUCCGCCCUCGCUUGUUCAUCAGCUAUAACUAGUUUUUUUAUUCGGCCCUCAGGGACCGGCUAUAAAUACGACCACCGUCCUCUCAUUCACGAGAUCGACCAUUUCCAUUUCGAUUUCGCUUCUCCUCCCUCCUGCAGUCGCCGGAAACAUUUUCGCCGUUGCUCCGUCUUGCCAGUCCUCUCUUCGUCGUCUAUUUCAGGAUUGCAUGUUAUAUGGUUUUCCAAAGAUGAUUGGCUGGCUUACUUUUAUCUAUGUUCUUUGUACAAAUAUGCAGACAUGGAUAAUGCACAAGGCCAAGGGGUGUACCCUCAGCACCGUUGCAAGACUAUUCACUUGGUGAGACAUGCUCAGGGGUUCCACAAUGUGGCCGGAGAGAAGGAUCACAGUGCAUACUUAUCUCCAGUGCUAUUUGAUGCACAACUUACUCCUCUUGGUUGGCAGCAGGUAGAUAAUCUGCGCAACCAUAUUCAAGCGACAGGUCUUUUGAAGAGAGUUGAGCUAGUAGUUGUUUCCCCUUUGUUAAGGACUAUGCAAACAGCUGUUGGGGUUUUUGGUGGAGGUAGUUAUGAGAAUGGAGUUGAUGCACCUCCUCUAAUGGUAGAAAAUACCGGAAAUUGCAACCGUCCAGCAAUAUCAAGUUUAAAUUGCCCUCCAUUUGUGGCAGUGGAACUUUGUCGAGAACAUUUGGGAGUUCACUGGUGUGAUAAGAGAAGAAGCAUAACUGAAUACUCACCUCUUUUUCCAGCUAUUGAUUUUUCCUUGAUAGAAAGUGACGAUGAUUCUCUCUGGAAUGCCGAAGUCAGAGAGCCAGACGCAGACCUUGCUGCAAGGGGUGUGAAGUUCUUCAACUGGUUAGGGACAAGGAAGGAGAAGGAAAUAGCUGUGGUUACCCAUAGUGGAUUUCUGAUUCACACCCUUUCAUCAUUUGGAAACGACUGCCAUCCAUCGGUGAAGACUGAAAUAUGCAGACCAUUCAACAACUGUGAACUACGAUCCGUUGUCAUAGUGGAUAGAAGUAUGGUCGGAACAAGUUCUUCAUCAACUGAUUUUCCCGGAAAAAUUCCUCAAGGACUUGAUGCUCCAAGUGACGAAGCUGAGGAGAAACAUUGAACCAUAUAUCUCCAUGACCAUUGAUCACAAUUUCAACAAUGAUAGUAGGUAGUCUUACUAUCGUCUCACUAUUUAUUUACAAGUGAUGUAAUAGUAUAUUCAUCGGAUUUUUCGAUAUUCAUAUUAGAUUAUUGAUGGGA